CAGACAUCAUGCCUGCUGACGUUGCUAAACCCGCGCCCAAGAAGGGCUCCAAGAAAGCCGUUUCCAAGACCGCUGUUAAGGGCGGCAAGAAGCGCCGAAAGACCAGGAAGGAGAGCUAUGCCAUCUACGUGUACAAGGUGCUGAAGCAGGUCCACCCCGACACCGGCAUCUCCUCCAAGGCGAUGGGAAUCAUGAACUCCUUCGUCAACGACAUUUUCGAGCGCAUCGCCGGUGAGGCCUCUCGUCUGGCUCACUACAACAAGCGCUCCACCAUCACCUCCAGGGAGAUCCAGACCGCAGUCCGCCUGCUGCUCCCCGGUGAGCUGGCCAAACACGCUGUGUCUGAGGGCACCAAGGCUGUGACCAAGUACACCAGCUCCAAGUAGACUACCACUUGAUCCAAACAAACGGUCCUUUUAAGGACCACCCAAUACAUUCCAAGAGUUUAUCCGUACCAAACCAUUUGUCACUGUAUCAACCAGAUAUGCAACGUUUCUCUAUAUGGAGUUCAAUGUGUUGAAGCAUUAGUUGCUACUGUUAUUGCCAUCCUGUUGGGAUUAGCAAUCGAUUUUUUUCUGAAUGAGUUUUUAAACAUAGGUGCGUCAGUAGUAUAAUGCAAACGUGAGGUCGGAAAAUCACUG